AUGAACUACUAACUUUUGCAUCACCCACAGAACCUUAUCAAGUCUCCAAAACGAUGAGUCCAAUCAUCCUUCUCCUACUAAUCCUCCGCAUUUCAAUCCUCUUCCAUCUCCUCCGCAAAAAGCCCCCUCAAACCCCUCCCGGCCCCCGCGGCCUCCCCGUCAUUGGCAACCUCCUCCACCUUGCCACCCCCGAGCCACACGUACACCUAUGCAAACUCUCCCGCACCUACGGCCCCCUCAUGUCCCUCAACCUCGGCUCCAAGCCCACCCUCAUCGUCUCCUCCCCCCGACUCGCAGAGCAAGUGAUGCGCACUCACGACCUCGUCUUCUGCAGCCGCCCCUGCCUCCAAGGCCAGCACAAGCUCUUCUACAACGGCCUCGACGUCGCCUUCGCCCCUUACGGCCCCUCCUGGCGCGAGAUGCGCAAGAUAUGCGUCGUCCAUCUCCUCAGCAACAAGCGUGUCCACUCCUUCAGGCCCGUCCGGGAGGAGGAGGUGUUCCGCAUCACCCGAGACCUCGCCAGCGACCCGGGCCGGGUGGUCAACCUGUCCGAGGUCAUGCUCGGGCUGACGAGCACGCUGAUUUGCAGGAUUGCGUUCGGGAGGGGGAGUUCGAAGAGGGAGAGGUUUGAUGAGCUUAUGAUUGAGGCUCAGGCGAUGCAGGCGGGUUUCGCGUUUGUUUCGGAUUAUUUUCCGUGGUUGGGGUGGGUGGAUAGGCUGACAGGGAUGGUUGCUAGGCUUGAAAAGAUUUAUAGGGAUAUGGAUGAUAUCGUGGAGCAGCUGAUUUGUGAGCACCUCGAUCCGAGUUGGCCUCAAUUCAUGAAUCCGAAUAUUCUAGAUCUUUUGAUUCAGCUCAAGAAUGAAAAUUCUAGCUCUAUCAAUCUCACUUGGGAUCAUGUCAAGGCAAUACACAUGUGAGAAUUCCGUAUGACGUGGCAGUUCAGUGAGAAGUCCGUAUGACGUGGCAGGAGUUGUUUUUAGAAAUUCCGCGGGGCGAAGAGGGUGCCCCGGGAUUGCCAUGGGGCUUGCAACGGUGGAGCUAACGCUUGCGAACCUCCUUCACUCGUUCGAUUGGGAAUUUCCGCCCGGAGUGUCCAAAGAAGAUAUUGAUACUCAGGUUUUGCCUGGGCUUACUAUGCAUAAGAAACAUCCACUUUGUCUUGUGCCUAUUAAUAGAACACAACAUGGGGCGUAAAAUUCUUUAUGCUUAAUUUAUAUCUACACUUGGUAUGUAUCUUGUAUUAUUGUAUAUGUGAAGAAUAAUUAAGAACUUACUUAA